GGACACCCACGGCUCAUCACUGCUCAGACCGAUUCAGACCCACAUUCUCGAUCAGACAUCUAAAUUUCAUUCCUACCAUCUUGUCCCAGCCCACUUGACAUCAUGAUGAUGGAAACUUUCAUCACGAGUGUCAACUAUGCCGCUGGUGUCGCCGCAAUUAUAGUGUUACUCGUCAUGUUAUACAAGACAUCUCCCUUAGCAGGUAGGAAGGGCAUCCCGCUUCCACCUGGACCUCCCGCCCGUUGGUUCUGGAGCAACGCUUUGCCUGCUGUGAACAUUGCCCAUGCGCUGACCGACUUGGUUCGAGAGUAUGGGCCGAUUGUGUCGUUCCAACAAGGUAGCCAAGUGAUAAUUGUGAUCGGCAGCAUUGAGGCAGCCACAGACAUCAUGGAGAAAGAGGGCGGGUCACUGGUAGAUCGACCUCGGUCCAUUGCCGCGGGUGAGAUGCUCUCAAAUGGCAUGCGCAUAGUCCUGGCUCGUUCCGGAGAUCAAUUCCGGCGCCUCCGAAAAGCAGUACACACCCAUUUACAGCCAAAGGCGGCAGAGGCAUACAAAGAUAUGCAGCGCAAGCAUGCGAUGGAUUUUAUAUUGGACAUGUUGAAUGACCCAAAGAACCACCAGAAGCACGCACAUCGGUAUGCAGCAUCGGUCAUUCUUCGGGUGACUUAUGGAAAGUCUGCGCCUACUGCCAACACCGAUCCCGAAGUUGUCCGUAUCCGCAGAGCUGUUAAACAUUUCCAGGCUACAACUCGCCCAGGAGCUAAUCUCGUCGAUCGUGUGCCCCUUUUGCGCUACUUGCCUGGUUACGGAAAACAACUUGAUGAGUGGCAUCAUGAGGAGCUGGAGCUAUACAGGCAUCAACUAAGACGCGUCAAGAGUGAAGUGGAUCAAAAUACAGCUGGCUCCUCUUUCGCCAAGACACUAUUGGAGAACACAGAAGGAUACCAACUCUCUACAGAUGAGAUGUCGUAUCUCGCCGGAUCACUCUUUAUGGCGGGAUCUGACACGACUGCUAUUGGAAUAACCGCUAUUAUCAUGGCCGCGGCAUGCCAUCCACUGGCUCAGGCAAAGGUACAUGAAGAGCUCGAUAUGGUUAUCGGGUCAGACAGAGCGCCGAUAUUCGAAGACUCAAGCUCGCUCCCUCAAUUGCACGCAUUCUUGUUGGAAGCUUUGAGAUGGAGACCUAUCGUUCGCAUAGGAUUUCCCCACCGUGCAACUAAGGAUAUUUUUUGGCAAGGAUAUUGCAUUCCCGAGGGUGCAACAGUCUAUGGGUGCCAUUGGACUAUCUCCCGUGACCCUAUCGCCUUCCCAGAUCCUGAUGUUUUCAAUCCCCAGCGUUGGCUUGAUUCAGAAGGCCGACUUAAGGAUAAUAUGAACUCGAAGCUCGUGACAUAUGGGUUUGGUAGACGUGUAUGUCCCGGCCUGCACCUCGCAAAUCAGUCAUUGUACAUUACCCUCGCACUUCUUUUGUGGUCUUUCCGCAUUGCUCAACGACCUGACGCCCCAAUCAACACGCACGCUUUCAGUGACGUGAUUAUUGCCCAUUCAGCGCCGUUCGAAAUUGAUGUCAUUCCCCGGAUGAAUGUUGCGAAGCUGAGAGACAUGAUGACAACCGAUGGACGUAUGGAUUAGAGAUAUCAUGUAGGAAUUUGUCCCCGAUGCCUCCGCUUUUUCUGAGGACCCGUCUUCAGGAAGAUUACUCCUUCAAAGGUGUAUAACCAUUGUUUAUCAAUCUGGGUUCGGCACAAUCACCGCAUUCCCGGGGCUUGCAGUAGGAAUCAAGUAGUAAUUUUUUCGUUCUAUCUAUGUACCAUGUUUUCACAGUCUACCAUAUGUAAGGAAAUGGUCGGAAGCAAUUCGCAUGACACCCAUGUGUG